AUGCCAUUAAAGCGUCGCAAUGCGCUGAAGGACCGGCAACCGAAAGCCCUGAGCAAACAACAACAUAUCCCUCCCAGCAACAACUCAUCCGGUCUCAGUUCGAGCGAUUGUCUGAACACGGCGAUCUCACUCUCACAGACCAUUGCCGAAACUCUGCCGGACAGUACUGUCGACAACGGGUAUGAUGCUACUCAGCCGGUGAGAACGGUGGGCAGCAAGAAAUGGAUGUAUGUUGUUCUUAUCUCCACAGUUAUCGUAAUCUCUUCGCUACAGAUGGGUAAGUUGUGGAUAUACAGAUAUACGCUGUUACCAAGUUCUUUUGUACGUUUACGCCUUUGCUCAAUAAAAAUACUGUAUGGAAGUAAAGGCUAGAAACGUGUUUUAACAAUAUAUUUUAGCAUCCUCAACAGUGGUUAUCAAAAGGUUAACAGCGAAACAGUGUUUGACAAGCCCAUGCUUAAACGGCGGAACUUGUACACCAGGAAAGAUUGCUUGUGAUUGUGCCCCAGGCUGGAUGGGCCGCUUCUGUAACCGUAAGCCGUAAAAAUGCCAAAACACUUUAAGCUCAUUUGUAAUUGAAUCUAACUUACGAUCAGUAGUUCCCAAAAAAUGUCCCUCUGUUCAAAACACAAUUAACAAAAAUGUUGUUAAGCUAAAACUUUAGGUAACUCCUUACUAAAGUCUGCAACAUAGUUUUUAGAAGACAAUAAUCGAUAUUGAUCACAUUCUUCCCAACCAAUGAAUUCUAAAAUUACGAAAAAACCUUAAUUUUUAUGGAAAAUCUUAAAACAAUAAAAACUUACAGGAAGAUGUCGCAAUAUUUACCAGAGUUGUGACCGGUGGGCAUUAGAAGAAAAGUGUGAAGUUGUACGAACACAAACCAACUUCUUUGACAUCAACUGUGCAGUCUCAUGUGGCAUUUGUUCUCCUGAUCCAAGUGUUAGUAAGUUGGCAUUCUAAAUUACAAAGAAACGAAUGAAUAAGUCCAUUAUGACGCACAAUAUGUAAAAACUCUUUAGGCUUACCAAAAAUUCCGCUAGCACCAGCCUUAGAGCCCUUACAGUUCAUGUUGGGAAGGUGGUAUUCAGCUGCUUCCAAAAACUACAGGUUCCCAUCAGACAUGAAGGGAGACACGUAUGAAGAAAUCUUGGACAUUAUGCCAGCAGAAGUCCCUAUGUUUGGUGCUCCAUCACUCAAUCUAACGUAUGGUUCAGAUUAAAAUUAAAAAAUAAAAGAUGAUAUUCGUUUUCACCUCAAAACAUUUGAAAUAAGUUUUAAAACACGCAAAAAUUAAUAAAACUUUUAAAAAUAAGCUUGCCAUUACACUGGUUACGUUUACGCUACCAUUUCAGGAGCACUUCAUGGACUGGCCCAGAUCGUCGCAUAGUCCAAGGUUUUCUGACGCUAAAACCAAAUUCGAACCCUCCAGAAGUCGCCAUUCUCAGCACGGCAAACGAAGGGCUAAACAUGAUUGAAUUGGGAAGCAUUCAAGGCGGAGCAGCCACUUUCAACAUCUCGUACAUGCAAGUUCAUCCAGGAUUGAACAACGUCCAACUACCUUUAGGUGUAGGUCAAAUAAAAACCACAUUUAAAAUAAAAACAAACUGAUAAAAUAACAUUCAAACACAAUAUAAAACAAAAACUUCCUUCUCUUACAACUACAAACUGUUUAGGCCACAAGAAGGUUCAGACGGCAAGGAGCUCUUCUCGAAAUGACAGUGGCCAAACUCUACGCUCAAAACAAAGUUCAACAAUUCAAAAAGAUGUUCAGAAAGAUUUACAAUUACCAAUAUUAGGAGAAACAGAAAAUAUAUAUAUACAUAGUUGUUAUGCCAUAAUCUUGUCAUUGCUUUAUCUAUUUUACAAUAAAUUUACAAAAUUUUGUCUUGUGACACUUCGCUUAAAAGCCGAUCAUUAUGUUAACGGAAUGUCUAAAAACAAAAUAAUUUUGGGAGAAAAUUUGCUAAUUUGGGAAAUGGAGAAGAAUUCAGAUUCCUUGAAGAAUUUAAGUUGAUUUUGUUUUGUUAUUGUUAUGUUUAGAAGCUCGUGAUGGAGUUAUGUCAAAAGAAUCCGGACAUUGCUUAUGCUGGAGAGAAGGUUGUGCUUAUAACUUAUGAGGAACGACAUGUCAAAACUUACCAUGAUUGGAUGGGAGAUGAUGAUAUCAGAGAGAAGACUGGCAGUGAAAGGUUGGACUAUGAAACGGAAUGUAGACAGAGAAUACCAUGGAGGAGACACAAAAAACGAGGAACUUUUCUGAUCAUGGACAGGAAGACUUUCGAAGAAACGGACGGGGAUGAGGUAGGUUACGAAGUUUUAAAGGAUAAUGAAAUGUUGGAUUAUUUUUUUGAAGCUUAUGUUUGGCUUUUAGUUUGAAUCUUUGUUGGGAGACACAAAUUACAUCCAAUACCCAGAUUACAUCGAGAUAUUGGUAAUGGUAGCUGAGAAGAAAGGACGUCGUUGUGGUAUUGGAACAGAAUCGGUUAAACUUAUGCUACAUCAUGUAAAUCAGUUUAGACAAGGGAGGAUCUUUACGGUUAAGAUUAGCUAUGAUAACAUCGAAAGUAUCAAAUUAUUCGAAAAGUUGGGGUUUGAAGUUACAGAAAAAAGUGAUGUCUUCAGAGAACUUUCUAUGGAAUUGCCUGAAAAGACAUUGGAAGAAAUAUUAAAGACAGUUAACGUUGUGUAUAAAAAUAAGGAACUUAUAGACAAACUAUAUGAGUCUUCCAGAAGCUAUGACAUUCACGGUGAUGAUGUGUCUGAUAGUGAGAACUGA